CGCGCCGAUUUGCCUCAUUCCGUCCCACUUGGAGCGCUGCGGUUAGUUCGUUCGCCUCGGUUCGGUCGCGUCGUUCAGUUGCUCACCCGUCGCCGUCGCGCUACCACGACACUGCACGAGUACUUCUCGCUAUGAACCAGCAAGCCAACAACACAUAAACCUUCCAAAAUGAAGCCUAAUCGGUUAUAACGUUUCGUUUAAAAAACCAAUUUAUUAUUUAGAUCGAAUACAGUAUAUUGUGAUAUUUAGCUAGUUAUAGUAUAUAUCGUUAUUAUUUAUAACCAUUUAAGAUGGGUUUAAAUUUUAUUUAGUUUUUUUUUUCAAUAACAAAUCAGUGCUCAAGAUAAUCUCAUUCCAAAACUCCCAGUAAUCGCAAGUUAGUCCAAAAAUUAAAAAUACAAUUGAAAUGACUGCCAAAACUCGUUCACAUUGGAAGGAAUAUGGAACCGCACUAUGUGCAACACUCAUCACUGCGACAGCGGGUACCUGCUACGGUUGGCCGUCGCCCACGCUACCGUACCUCCAAUCCACCGAGAGCUCGAUACCCACGUCUGCCGACGAGGGAUCAUGGAUAGUCUCCAUCAUGAUCCUCUGCUCGGCGCUCACGCCAGUCCCAGCCGCCUACUUCGCCGACAGAUUCGGAAGAAAAACGACGCUACUCCUCGGCGCAAUCCCUUUCAUCCUCGGCUGGAUACUAGUCAUCGUGGCCAAGUCUGUCGCCGUCCUCUACGUCGCGAGGAUGUUCUCAGGCCUUGGCUACGGCAUCGUGUACACCGUCGCCCCUAUGUACACAGGAGAAAUCGCCACGAACGAAGUGCGAGGAGCUCUUUCCACUCUCAUCACCUUAAUGAAUAAAGUCGGUAUUCUUGCCCAAUACUGCAUCGGACCGUUCGUGUCGAUGCGCACCUUAGCAGCCAUCAACUUGACCCUGCCUAUCUCUUUUCUCAUCACCUUCAUCUUCUUACCUGAGUCGCCUUACUACUACCUGAAGUUUGAACGCAGCGAAAGAGCUGAAAGAUCCCUAAGAAAUUUACGAUCAGGCGAUAUCAGGACUGAACUAAAGAACAUAGAAAUAAACGUACAAGAAGACAUGAAGAACAAAGGCACAUGGUCUGACCUGAUCACAGAAGCCACGAAUAGAAAAGCCAUGUGGAUAAGUUUGGGAAUAUUCACAAUUCAGCAGCUGUGCGGAAGCGCUGCGGUAGUGGCAUACGCUCAGGUUAUAUUCAACUGCACUACUGGCCAAGAUCCUCUGACUGCAGCGACAAAUGGUACCACGGAACCAGUAGCAGCGUCAAUAGAGCCAUACCAAGAGUCUAUUAUAUUGGGCUGUGUCCAGGUGGCCACGUGUGUGCUAUCCGUUAUACUGGUAGAUCGCGUUGGAAGAAAGCCACUCUUGCUUCUGUCCGCUCUUGGCGUCGGCCUCAUGAACGGCACCAUCGGGACCUAUUUCUUCUUCGACAUCACCAACAAAGGAUCGGUCGCGAGCCUGCAUUGGCUGCCACUAGCAGCUUUGCUGGUCUACAUCGUGUGCUACGCCAUCGGCUUAUCAACCGUGCCUUACGUCAUCAUCGGAGAAAUGUUCCCGACGAAUGUCAAGCUGUAUGCUUCGUGUAUAGCGCACAUCUACACUGGAAUUUCUAUGUUUGCUGUUCAGAAACUCUUCCAGGUGGUGAAAGACGCAUACGAAAUUUACACAGUAUUCUGGGGCUUCGCGACGUUCUCACUGCUCGGGCUGGUGUUCAUGCUGGCCGUCCUGCCCGAGACCAAGGGCAAGUCCUUCGCGAGCAUACAGGCCCAUCUCAAACGCGAAGUUGCACGAGACAACGCCAAGAAACUCACCACCGUCGAGUACUAGCCUUUCGUU